CCAAUCGCUUCGACGAGUGAACAUGUCUCCUUCGCUGCGAUUCCUGCCUUUCAACGCAUCGUUCGUAAUCCUUCUCAGCCGGACGAGAACAAUCCCGAUCCGUUCCAUACCGAUGCUACCCAUUCGUCCACGGCCUCCGUUACACGCCACAACACAUCGACACCAUUCUUCCUCCUCUAUCUGCUCGUAUCAUGGCUCCACACCCAUUUCCACCUUCCUUUUGCAGCAUGCAACGUUGUUCUACUGGUUGUUGUCAAUAUUCUUCGGUCUGCUGGUGUCAUCAUUCCCCCCUACCCAAAGCCAUAUCAGACACUCGGCUCUGUGACCUCCAAUCUCGGCGUAGAACCUGUUUUUCAGACUCUUCCGGUCUGCAGUAGCUGUCUGGAGGUAUAUCCUACCACUGUAUUGCACGAUACGCUCUGUUCUCGCUGUUCGCAACCGCUUUUUAAGACUGCUCGCCGGCUCGACCGUCGUGCCACACCCGACGCCACACUUCAUCGUCCUUUGCUCCAGUUCCCAAUGAAGUCCAUUGAGGCCCAGCUUCGAGAAAUACUAGAGAUACCGGGUAUGGAGGAUACUGUUGAUCACUGGCGGAUGAAAUCGCGUACACCGGGCGUAUAUACCGAUAACUUCGACGGCAACAUCUGCAAGACCAUCCCGGGUAUCGAUCACAGGCCUUUCUUCGAGAACCCUCUACCUUCAGGAUGCAGUGAGCUGCGCAUAGGCCUUAGUCUGGGUGUGGACUGGUUCUCGUACUUGCGUAGCCAGAUCUCCCCAUCUCACUCGUCCUGCCCAAUGUCGUUCAACAUCAUCAACUUGCCUCCUCAUCUGCGGUAUCGUGUGGCGAACCUUCUCCUCUCGGGAAUUAUGCCCGGACCAAAGGAACAAGAUCCUGACCAAGUCCAGCGCUUCAUUCGUAUAUUCGUCAAUGAGCUCAUCCGACUCUGGGAGUCCGGUUUCGUUAUGAGCACACCCAAGUAUCCGGAGGGGCGUCUUAUCAGGGUGAUCCUGGUAUGUGUCAUCUGCGACAAGCCGGCCGCUCACAAGCUAGGGGGCUUUGGCUCGCAUAGCCACACAUUCUUCUGUACGAAGUGUUGGAUCAAGCAGUCAGAUAAACGAACCACAGCAGCGUAUGAGAAGAACGCUUUUCCCCGACGUACUCAUGAAGAACAAGCCCGCUAUGCACAAGAGUAUGCACAAUGCGCAUCUCAGUCAGCUCGUGAUGAAUUUGUGAAGCACUUCGCAUCACGGUGGUGCGAACUCGUACGACUUCCGUACUUUGAUCUUUGUCGUAUGAUCAUCAUCGAUCCUAUGCAUAAUCUUCUUCUUGGUCUCGUCAAGACGCACUUCUACCAUGUAUGGAUACAGCUGAAGGUCCUUCGGAAGACGAAGGAGUUACGCAGACUGCAUGACAUUCUUUCCGAGUUGAAGAUUCCGACAUACGUUGGUAGGCUCCCUGCGCUAAUGGGCGAGCCUGCUGGUGGUUCUCUCACGGCGGAUCAAUGGCUGGUGGCGGCUACUGUCGUCCUUCCUCUCGUAAUGCCCCAAAUCUGGGACGAAUACUGCACUGGUGACCCAGAAACAAUUCGUCUGCAGCGUUUGGGAGAUAUCCGAGACGGCAUUGAGAAGAGGAAGGCUGAGCAAGCUGCUGCAAGGAAGGCUCGCGCGGAAGCAAAGGCGCAGGAGGCUAUGGCAAAUGCUCGUCGUACAGGACGCAAACGCAAACAUGAUCCUCAAGCCGUACCUCUAGACUCUGGUGCGGUCGAGGUGGAGGACGAUAUCUUUGCUGGCCGUGAUGACGAUGACAACGACGACGGACAAUCAUCUACCCGUCCUCCCAACCUUCACCCCGAUGACCCGACCCACUUUUUGAUGCUGUCAUCCGCUUUGAAGCUCUUACUUGCCGACGAGAUUACUACUGCGGAAAUUGAGGAGAGCGACAGACUUCUACGAGAGUACAAUGUCAAACUCUUGCAUCUUUACGGGCCAGAGGUCAUGCGCCCAAAUCACCAUUACUCAACCCACGUACCCGAAUGCAUCUAUGAUUUCGGUCCCUUGCAUUGCUUUUGGACCUUUCUAUUUGAGCGUAUCAAUAAGGUACUAAAGAGCUAUAAUAGCUCAAAUCAUGCUGGUGGAGAGCUCGAGACGUCCUUCUUUCGAGAGUUCCAUCGCACCGUCCAACAGUCACGCAUGGCUACAUCUUACCCCGGCGCCAACAGCUUCAUUCAGCAAAGUAUCAGUCAGAUGUAUCACGCUACUGCUGAUGAUCGCGGCACAGUUCAGGCUCUAGCGCGAGAGCUUGAUGAGGCCAACAAAGAUGGCAACGUUGGAUUCCAGCUCUCAACGCGUUCCCUUACAGCUUUCAUGAACUCAGAUCUCUACGAGGAGGUCUUUUCCCAUUUCUCUUUACGUCUCCCCUUCCCUGUUCGUUCCCACAUCAUGACCGGCGUAGAGGUCCCUAUUCUUCCCACUGCGACGUUCUUCGACUAUGUUGUCAUCAAUGAACGUCGGUAUUGGGCUUCGACUCGUAACAAUGGCGAAGGAAACUCACUUGUUGCUGUUGCAACGAGUUCAACUGAGAUAUUUGUUGGCCAGCUGACUGAGAUAUUUGUCCUCCAGCAGAAGAGCAUCGGGGGGACUUAUCGUUUUGGCCGGGUACGGUGGCUGGUCCCCGCAUCAAUUGAUACCUCACGGAGCGCAUGGUCUGGCAUCUGGUGCGUUCUCUUGUUUUUGCUGCUUUAUCUAACAACUGCACUUAUAUUAUCACAUGUAUUCAGCACGUCAGAUAUGCAAGUCAGCCUGUGGAAAGCAAACACGUUCCAAGAGACCAAGACUAACGAGAAAUACGCGGAAGACUCGAGUCAGGCCCCGGGAAGCUUCACCAAAGGUCUCCCGACCAAAACUCGUCGAAUCGGGGGUAAAAUAUGCUAA